AAUACGUACAUUUUAAAUACUCUAACCGUCUAGGAAUAACAAUUUCACUGUAUAUAUUAGACGUAACAGUAUUAGAAACGAUAUUUUUGUUGGUGUACCUGUAAUCAGCUGUCACAAAUCGUGAUUUGAAAGCGUAAUUUUUUGGUAUGAAGUUCAGUAGGGGGUUUGCUUUAGUGACGUGGUAUAAAUUUACAAGUUUUGAAUGCACUGCAAGACGUGUACUGAUGCAUGUGAAUGUGCAGAGGUUAAUACAAACAUUUCAUCAUAGCUAUAUAUCAAGAGAAUAACAGGGAAAAUUGUUUGACACUGAACAGUAUCCUGUACACGUGUAAAAAUGCCAAAAGUUGUAUUUCUACAUCCAGAUUUGGGUAUUGGUGGAGCUGAAAGAUUAGUAGUUGAUGCAGCUCUAGCAUUAAAAGCAAAGGAAUUUGAUGUUCAUUUCGUUACGUCACACCAUAGUCCACAGCAUUGUUUUGUGGAGACAAGAGAUGGAACCCUGCCUGUUACAGUGGUUGGAGAUUGGCUUCCAAGAAACUUAUUUGGUCAUUUUCAUGCACUGUGUGCAUACAUUCGCAUGAUUUAUGCUGCAGUAUAUAUUGUUUUCUUCAGUGGACUUAAACCAGAUAUUGUUUUCUGUGAUCAGGUUUCCAUCUGUGUGCCGAUUCUGCAUAUUGGUGGUUUUAAAAUAUUAUUCUAUUGUCAUUUCCCAGACCAACUUCUCAGUCAGCCAGGCAGUGUCAUGAAAUCUUUGUAUCGUGCACCUCUUAACUGGCUGGAGGAAACCACAACUGGUCAGGCACAUCAGAUAUUGGUAAACAGCAAAUUCACAGCUGGUGUGUUCAGAGACACAUUCAAAAGGCUUCAAGUUCAACCUGAUGUUCUGUAUCCCACUAUGAAUUCUAAUGCAUUUGACAACACCACACCUCUACCUAUAAACCAGAUCCUUGCGAUGGAAUUUCCUGAAGACAGUGUUAUUUUUCUUUCAAUCAAUCGAUAUGAAAGGAAGAAGAAUUUAAAGCUGGCAUUGGAUGCAAUGAGUGAACUCAAGAAAUGUUUAUCUGCUGGUGAAUGGUCACGUAUCCAUUUAGUGAUAGCAGGUGGUUACGAUACAAGAGUGAAGGAAAAUGUUGAGCAUUACGUGGAACUGGUCAGUCAUGCAAAUGCGCUAGGACUGACUGAAAAUGUCACAUUUAUGAAAUCUCCAUCCGACAUGGAAAAGCUUUCACUGCUGAGCCAGUGCCAUUGUCUUAUCUACACCCCUCCAAAUGAACAUUUUGGUAUUGUUCCUCUUGAGGCGAUGUAUGCGGGUAAACCAGUGAUUGCUGCCAACAGCGGUGGACCAACUGAAACCGUUGUGAAUGGUGUAACAGGAUUUCUGUGUAAUUUGAAACCUGAAGACUUUGCUGAUGCAAUGAUGAAGUGCAUUAAAAAUGGAGAUGUGAGAAGAAAAAUGGGGAAAGCAGGACAAGACAGAAUGAAAGAACAGUUUUCUUUUAUGGCAUUUUCAAAUCAGCUAAUUGGCAUUGUACAGUCUCUGCUCGAUGUGAAGGACAAAAUGGACUGAAUCUAAGGUUAUCCAAAGAUAAUAAUUAGAUUUUUCUUUUGACUUCACAAAAGAAUAACUGGUACAUUCCAUUUGCAAAGUAUGGAAUUCUUAUAUAUCCACAAAGCUAGUUUAUAUAUAAUUGAAUAAAAAUUUCCUUGGAUAUUAUCCAUUGUCUAGUAAAUAUAAAACGUAAAACGACGUUUCGGAGAUGGGACUCUAUCUCCGGAGUUAGGGAUUAGCUCUAUCUAGUG